GAACUAGCCAGUGUAUAGUUUGCCUUGGUUGUAAGAAGAGUCAGUUUAUUGUUUGUUUGUGAAAGUGCUGCCCCAUGUUGCUCCAUAGACUGUCUACUGAUGUACAGCCUGUCUGUGUGCAUGUGCAGUACUUAGCACAUGAAAUAUAGCAGACGUAAUGGGACAGAAAGGCAGAAGAAAUAACACUGCGAGUGCUUCCCCGGUGAAGAGAACAAAUACAAUUUAAAAAAAAUACCACUGGCUCCUCUGCUCAGCUCCGUUUCACUGCUGUGAGGGUGCACUGAGAUUAAUCUGCCAAAGAGACAUCAGAAAACCAGCAGAUGAUUCCCUCAAAACACCUGAAGACAUCAGGGCAAAUGCCUUGGGGGAGAUUCAUCACAACAUAUAGUUGUGACUUUAGACCCUUCACUGAAUGCCAUCUACAGGCCAACCAGCUGAAGCCCAGAGAUGAAGCUAAAGCAGCUGCUGCACAUAUCAACCCACCACAGGCCAAACAAGAAGUCUCACCUGUGUUUAAUCAAUACUUCUACAAGACAACCAACAGCGUCUAUGGCUCAACUACCUGUCCACAGCCUGCCUCUUGUUACCCUUUGCCUGCAUCCCUGUCUCCUGGCAUCCUCGCUCCGUGCAUUUCUGCUCCAACAGAGAGCAGGACACAGGAAGUGAGAAUGGUCAAGGAGACUGGGCAUUUACUUGGUGGGGGAGAGGAAUGUCAGCGGUCCUGUGUUUGUGUUGGAAAUGCAGAGGUGCUUAAGCAGAUGGAGGCAAAAGAUGAACCACAGCAGAAGACUGAUGUUCUCUAUGAGAAGGGUGUGAUUGUGUUGUCAUCCCACAAUGGCCCAGCAUGCUGUGAAGAUUUUCUCAGUUCUUUGUGCAGAGAAGCAGGGCUGUCGCACCUGCCGAACUUUCCAGUUGCCCCCAGUCCCGUCAUCAUAAACAAAGAUGCUGAAUAUUGGGAUAACCUGAGGGGCUCAAGACCAGCUGGUCUGGCAAACGGCUCCUUCCUCCAGCCUACUUCAAGGCAGUGCAUUUGCUGUGCAUGGGACACUGAGCACCCAUGUAGUUGUUGCUUUGGGAUGCCAACGUUCCCUCCUCCCAUUCCUUGGGGCAGUGCCGUAGCUUUGGCCAACGUACCUCCAACUGUCUACCACCCAGCGUCCAGCAGGAAGCAACUGCUGACAGAGUACCAAACCAGCUACACUACUGAGUGGCCCCAGUCUAGGAACCGGCUGAGUGACUUUCACCAUCAUCACCCUCGUUGUCACUGGAAUCCUCAUUCUUCACUCUGAAUAUCACCUUUUGUUUCAAUACACAGCAGAUGUUAUAAAACCAUUGUUGGUAUUUUAUGUCAAACAUGACAACCCACCAACAUGCUGCAUGUCAUUAAGUGUUAAAAGGCGCUGCUUCUUUGUCCAACCAUCUGUGCUGCUCAGGCACCAAGGGUAUCCACAUGCACGAACAGAGACCAUACUAGAUUGGAAAGAGAUUUAA